CACUUUGCUCUUGGUCUUGGACUUCUUGCAAAGCUAACUUGUGGAAAGCGAACUCUUUGAGUUUAAAACCGCUUGAGACAAACUACUGAAAAACGGAUCUUGUUGAAAAAACAAAACUACUGAAUCACUCAACUAUUGUGGGCAACCGGAGAGCUUGAACAUGGCCCUCUGUCGUCUACCUGAGGAACACCUGCUGAUGGGAGUCGCCCAGUUGGACAUCCGUGGAGGUGGUGUAAACCCCUUCAUUAAGCGUCCUGCAGAACAUGGCCUCCCAGAAGAUGAAGGUGAGUAUGAGGAAGGUGAGUAUGAGAUUGUUGUUGUAGAUGAAGUUGAGCUCUUUCUCCCCCUCUCCUCGGACGAAGAAGAUGACAAUCAACUGGUGGACACCGACCAGGAUGAGGAUGAAGACACAGGUGAUGAGGACGACUGGUCUGACAGUGUCAGCGAAGAUUCCGGGUAUGACUCCCUGUCUGAAGAUGAAGAGGUCGUUGAAGAGGAUGUUGAAGAGGAUGUUAAAGUCGAUGACAAUGGCAACAUCCGACCUUGCUCCCCUCUCAUCCAGCAGUUCCCACCUCCAAGCUUUUGGCAGAGAUGGAAACAAGUGUCUGCCCCUGUUCCCGCUGGCGCUUCUCUCCGGCCCCGCACUUUUGAUGUUCAGCAUCAGGAGAUUCCUGCGCAGCAAGUGGAAAGUACUGAAGACGGUCUACCCUCAGCCUCUCAAAAGUCAGAAGAGUCUGCUCCUUCAACCUCAGGCCUCGGCUCCUCCACGAAGAGGAGCAGGGAAGAGAGCGACACGGUGCAGGUAAGUAGGAAGAGGCCGAAGUGGAAUUGUGAGGACCGCCAUGACGAGUCAGCGCCCUCGAUUUCAGGCCUCGGCUCCUCCACGAAGAGGAGCAGGGAAGAGAGCGACACAGGGGAGGUAAGUAUGAAAAGGCAGAAGUGGAAUUGUGAGGACAGCCAUGACGAGUCAGCGCCCUCGAUUUCAGGCCUCGGCUCCUCCAGAAGCAGGGAAGACAGCUACAGGGAGUCAGCACCCUCAGCUUCAUGCCUCGGCUCCUACAGGAGCAGGGAAGACUACUGGCACUCAGCACCCUCGACUUCAGGCCUCGGCUCCUCUAGGAGCAGGGAAGACAGCUACAGGGAGUUAGCACCCUCAACUUCAGGCAUCCGCUCCUCCCAAUUCAGGAAAUACAGGAUAAGCCCUUUUGAUUAUCUGAGAGGAACUGAAGACAGCGACUCUGAUUAGGACAGAGUUUGGGACUGUUUGCUGCAGGAUUGGAAAACCUUUGCGUCUGGCAGGGCAGAUAAAUCCUCAGAUAGCGUUUGCGUCUGGCAAUGCU